CCUUGCCCAGGGUCCGCUGAUCCGCGGGCGGGCGGUCGAUCGCGCGGGCGCGGCACCUGCGGGCAGGAGCGUCUGGCUGCCGUAGCGCCGGACAGCCCGUCCCCCAGCUGCUGCUGAGAUGAGUGCAGUGUCGGAGCCCCAGGCCGCCCACAGCACCCUGGAGAAGCCGCCCAGCACCGCGAUCCUGUGUAACACCUGCGGGAAUGUGUGCAAGGGGGAGGUGCUAAGGGUCCAGAACAAGUACUUCCACAUCAAGUGCUUCGUCUGCAAAGCAUGCGGCUGUGACCUGGCCGAGGGCGGCUUCUUCGUGCGGCAGGGCGAGUACAUCUGCACGCGGGACUACCAGCGGCUGUAUGGGACCCGCUGCUUCAGCUGCGACCAGUUCAUCGAGGGCGAGGUGGUGUCGGCGCUGGGCAAGACCUACCACCCCGACUGCUUUGUGUGCGCCGCGUGCCGGUGA